CAUAUCCCAUUGCCAUCAAACUUAUCGUACUCCUUUCUACUUCCCCUUCACCCCAACAGCAUCCCACUAAUGGCCUCCUAGCUUCUCCACCUUCUAAUCUUUGAAAGAACUCCAAAUGGCCACCAACCCUCUCCAAUCCCUCCACCAUCACCACCACCACCACCACCACCACCAUCCCUCCCUCCUCAAGCUCCAACCCGCAGACUCCACUCCCACCUCCUCUCUUUUCCUCAAACCCACCACCUCCAUCUCUACUACCAAUACUUCUCUCUCCCUCUUCAUAUCUUCCUCUUCCUCCACCACCGCUACUUUCUCUAUCUCCCCCACCACUUCCACCACUCCUUCAACUUCCCAGACUUUUUCCCUUGAUCUACUCCACCAACAUCUCUCCACCCAAAACUUCCGUCAAGCAGAUGAAGAAACCCGCCGCCUUCUCAUAGUCCUUGCAGGUGAAGCAGCACAGAAACGUGGCUAUGUCUUCUUCUCUGAAGUCCAGUUCAUUUCAGAGAAGGACCUUAAAGCCAUUGAUGAAUUAUGGAAAGAACACAGCAACAACAAGUUUGGAUACAGCAUUCAAAAGAGAAUAUGGCAGAAAAAGGCUAAUAAAGACUUCACCAAGUUCUUCAUCAAGGUCGGGUGGAUGAAAAAGCUUGAUACUGAAGUUGAGCAAUACAACUAUAGAUCAUUCCCUAAUGAAUUCAUCUGGGAGCUCAAUGAUGAAACUCCUGAAGGGCACUUGCCCUUAACAAAUGCCCUUAGAGGGACCCAGCUUCUCAACAACAUUUUUAACCAUCCUGCCUUUGAAGAUAUCAAGGAAGAAGAUGAAGUUAGUGAUGGAGGAAAUGAAAAUGGAGGAUCUGAUGAGAGAUUGAGUGAGAAGGAUAAUUCAAAGCCAUUGAACAAGGGAUUGUUUAAACCUAAUUAUAGCUUUUAAUGGAGUUAUUUGAUGAUUAAGCACAUUCCCAUUACAGGAAAGGAAAUUCAAAUCAUGGGUUUUUGUUUUUAUAUAUAAAUUUAAUCUUUUACUUGCUA